UUUUGCGCAUGCGUAAUGGAAUAACAACAGGGCAACAGGUGCUUUUAAACAAUUAAAAAGUGAAUUUUACACCAUAAUAGAAGCACUGAUGUGGUCAUUUCAGUUUUGUGUCUCGGAAUAUCUACCCAUUUUCUGGUUUUAAUAGAAUACAAACUUCAACGCAUAGAUGCCGCAAGUGAAAGUGUUAUGUGAUCUCCUUUCUAAGUGGCGUGAAGUAUGAUGUCUUUUAUGUCUCGUAAAAAGCGUUACAAGUUCCAUGUGACUUUUGAGCUUGAGGAACUGUCAUCAGUUCCAUUUGUUAGCGGAAUCCUCUUCACCAAGCUGCGACUCUUGGAGGGAGGGAGUUUCUCAGACGUCUCUGAGAGGAAAGAGGUGUCAAACCACAGUGUGAAAUGGAAUCACAAAUUUGUAUUUGACUGUAAGAUGACAGGGAGUGCCAACACUGGAAUACUGGACCCUUGUGUGUGUCGGGCUUCUGUCAGGCUGGAACUAAAGGGAGGUAAAACAUACCAAAAGCUGGGAUUUGCUGACAUCAACCUGGCUGAAUAUGCUGGGUCUAGCUCACAGCAACGCAAGUUCCUGCUUGAGGGGUAUGACUCCAAACAUAGGCAGGACAACUCCACUCUACAAGUCACUCUUUCUGUAUCCUUGAAGUCGGGGGAUCCAGUGUUUAAGGCAAUGACCCAGUCUCAGUUCCUGGUGCCGGAGGAGGAUGAGUCAGGGACAAACUCAAGGGUUGUUCCCCUUGAAGAUGAGAGCAGUCUGGCGUCCAACAGUAGCGGCUUUGGGAGUCUGCCCCGUAAAGAUAGGCCCAGUGUAAUCUCAAGAGAGGACUCAGAUAAAGAGUUUGAGUUGUGUCACUCCCGUAACUCUAGUUACACGAGUCAGCACUCCCGGAAUGGCUCCAACUACGGUUCCCUGACACACAGUAGACAAAACAGCCAGGGAACCGGUCCCAAUACCUCUCAGGAACAACAUCCUACACACACCAGGAGUCCAAGUGCUGGGUCCGCUCUCACAGAAUUUGCCAAGUUGGAAAGAAGAAGGAUACACCCACACACUUUAGUAACUAUACAUAAGCUGGAUGAAGGUAGCCUGAAGGAGCGUCGUGUAGACCAGACUCGGGUUGACGCGGAGGGCCUCGUGGAGGAGCUACUUAAGUCAACUGAUCUCAAACCACUUGAGCAGGAUGAAUCUUCAGGGCUUCAGCUACUGGUGGGCAAGGAUGGGACUAUGGCCCUGAGAUGAGGAUAUCUUGCAUCUAGCUGAAACUCCUAGUGCCUGUGAUCUUCCACUUUGCCAAGCAACCUGGUUGCUGUGGGACAUUGACUUACUGUCAUGGAAACCUUCAUGUUUGCUGUUGCCAUGGUUACAUUAUAGAAUCUUACAGUGAUGUUUUUCAUGAAAAAAGUUGUUAUUAACAAAGUUGUGAUGUUUUGGCAUUAAUAAUUUGAUGUAUGAUUUUGAUGUUGUCAUGCAAACCUGCUCACCAUGUUACCAUGGAGAUGUUAACAAAUAGUGUCAGAUACUCAUUGUAGAAAGAUAUACAAAACCAGUGACAUUGUUUAAGAUAUGUAUAUUUUUAUUGCACAUGGAUCAUUUGAAUCUUAUUCUUGCAUCUUGUUCAUCAUUUGCCUAAAUUUAAUAGCUUGAUUUUUAUCACAUCUGGUUUAUGAUAAAAGAAUUUGACAUGAAGUCAUGGCUUUUGCAUCAUCAUUGUGGUUUAAAAACAUUUACCUUAGUCAUAACUAUUCAAAAUAUUCAAAUGAAACUUGAAAUGCAUGUUGCCCAACACAAUACUUACAGCAAGGCCAAUAACUCUUACUUUAAUGCAUUCAGUUAUGCCCUUGUUAGACUGAAAAAACAAUGGCGCUCUUGUUUCCUUAUUACUCUUAUUGUUCAAACCUUACAGCUAUUUUUAGUUGCAUUUUUUUGUACUGGGUAUUUUAUAGCUUGUUUCAUGUUUUAUGGAAAGAAAAAGUCAAAGUAAAGUGAUAGCUUUGGUGCCAUAGGCAGCUUCAGUGCCAUUAUCAUUGAAAAACUUUACACUUGGCAUUACCUUAAGAAAACUGUUCAAUAUAUUCUUAUGAAACUUCGUACAUAUGUUACCAGUGCUGAUUUUCACAUGUGUAUCAGGGUGCAUAACUCUGGCUUUAUUAACAGUUCUUCUUCUUUAUUGACUAAAAAACAGAUACAAUUUGGCGUUAGCUCAGCGGAGCUCUUGUUUCAUUAUUCUUAACCAUUUCCCCCUUACCUUUCCCUCUUAAAGGGACUAGACACCAGAUGGUCUCAUAAGAGGCAAAUACAGUUUUGCCCUGAAUUACCAAUACCAGCUAGUAUGAGGCCGAUAAUUCAUCAUUUUACAUGAUUAAAAGAACAUUCUGUCCCUGUCUCAGCUGAGUUUACCAGUUUAAAAAUAGCACAUAAUGGUUUCCCAGUUAAUAGUGUGUAUAUUUAGCAUGUGAAACUUGCAUGAUAAGUACAGAUACAUAUACCGACGCAAUUUUUAAAUUUACUCGAACUUAAGAGGUAGACAGACCCAGUAAAUUUCAAUUGAAAAACUAUGCAAAAAAGAUACAUGUGUCAUUUGAAUCAUGAUACAUCAGUAAGUAAGAUUUAAUGUGCACAACGAAAUCUAAUUUUAUGAUUUUUUGAUUUUCUUCUUGCAUUGGUUUUAUCUGGUGUCUUGUCCCUUUAAAAGGUGUAUUCCAUUCUUAAAUUAUAUUUAUGCAAAAGUAAAUGUACUUUAUGCUUUAUGUAUAGAUGUUUUUAAAUGUUUGCUCAUAAAAAUAGAUGUGUUUUUAUAACCACUAUUAACAUUAGCUUCCUUUAAUGAACUUAUUAAUAGUUAUGAUCAUGUCUUUAAAUUAUUAGUUUUUAGUUUCAAUGAAUUUGAUCCGCUAAGAUCUUUAAAGCUAGCUAAGUAUAAAGUUUUAAAAUGUUUCAGCUUAACUUUGCUGUUUGAAAUUUGCUAUUUUAAGAAAUUGUGUGUUCAAUCAGUCUGUUACUGAUAAUUGAUGUGUGUGUGUGUGUGUGCUAUAUUUGCUAAUGAAAUCCAGGUGAAAUAUGCAACAGAGCCCUAAAAAAUUUGUGUACAAUGCUGUAGGGUUCUGUAAUAACUUUGCAAAGUUCAUUUUUUUUCUUGUUUUCAAAAGGUUUAAAAUAUGCAAAGGCAUUUUUUUUUAACAUAAAUGAACUUUGGUAGAUAAAUUAUUUUGCUAGGUUUUAAAUUCAUGUCCAGUUUGAUUCGAGUAAAACUCUUGCGAAAUUUAAGCUGUUUAUAGUAAUUAGCAGGUGAGCUUGGGCAUUCUUAUGUAACUGUGCUUCCUUCAAGAAGGAGGAGAUAUAUUGCUUUGCACAUGUCGGUCAUUAGGUCGGUAAACCAAAGCUUGUCAGAUUGAUAGCUUUAUAAUGCCUGCACCCAUGGCCCUCAAACUUGACUUGGAGGUUGGGGCGUGACCAGUAGUUGACCCCUGAUCAUUUUUAGGUUGAUGUGUCAAAGGUCAAGGUCCCAGUGACCAUACAUGCGAAAGCUUGUCUGAGUGAAAACUGAACAAUACCUGGAGCUUUGGUCCCCAAACUUGACUUGGAAGUUGGACGUGACCAGUAGAUGGCCCCUAUUGUUUAACAGAUUUUUAGUUCAUCAGGUCAAAUCAGCUGGCAUUUUAGUCUAUGCAUAAUAGAUUCAAUUUUCCAAAUAUUUCUGACACUUGGUGCUCAGGGAGCAUUUCCAAAUGAUACCUCAAACCUAAGUUGGAGGUUGGAAGUGACUAGUAGAUGACCCCUAUUGUUUAACAGAUUUUGAGUUCAUCAAGUCAAAUCAGCUGGCAUUUCAGACUACGCAUAUUUUAUUCAAUUUUCCAAAUAUUUUUGACAACAUGAUGCUCAGGAGGCAUUAUGUUCUUUAAACAUCUCUUCUUGUUGAUUUAUAUGACAUGUAUAUAAAAAAUUAAAAUAUAGUUCAUAGAUGUGAUAUUUAUAUAUACUAAAAUGAAAUAUAUUUCAUCUCACACAGUAAUGCAUCAUAAUUAUGAACAAAAUUGUGUGUGCUUUAUUUAACUAUUUUUUCAACAACAUUGUUACAUGAUUUGUGUUCAUAUUCUUCUAAUGAAGAUUUUUUUUUCAAUUACUCUGGUCAUAAAUCUCUUUCAAAAUUAAAAAAAAAUGUGUAAAUUUCAGUAUUAUGGUACCUGUAAAUCAGAAUAAAAAGAAGAUUAUAGUGAAUACUUGUGAAAUAGAUAAAAUAAAAUAGAUAGUAAUAAACUAGUACAAAUCAAUGUAGUUAAAGUUGACUAAAAAGUUUAGCAAAGUAACAAUUGAAAAUGUUCUGUUGUUGUUCUUUGUUUGAUAGUGCUUGUUCUAGAAUUAGUUUGAAAUGUAAGAUGCUGUGAGCAAAGUAUUUUUUUUAUCAUUAUUUGUGUUAUUUUGAAAUAGUGCAAUACCAACUAAUCAUGUAGGUUAACUUUGGGAAAUAUAGGCUUGCCAUUUUACAUGUAGAUUUGUAGAAUCAGUUUGUUAUUUGACUAUUAGUAAACUGAAAAUGCAACUUCUAUAUAAUCAUAUUGUUAGAAGAUAGAGGGUUUGUAUUUGACUUCUAGUUUACUGAAAAUGCAUCUUAUAUAAUUAUAUUGUUAGAAGAUAGAGGGGUUCGGGUUCUAGAUAGAGGGGUUCUAGAUAGGGGGGUUCAGGUUCUAGAUAGAGGGGUUCUAGAUAAAGUAGAGGGGUUCUAGA